AUGACGGAUAUGCCAUCUACGGGCCAGCCAAUGCCCGGAGAUAUUAUGGACCCUCCUGCAAAACGGCCAUGUCUUGAACCAGUAUCGAAUGGCUUCGAGCUUGGAGAAACGCCUGUGGAUGAUGGAAGCGAUUUCUACAACACUCCUCUGAAUGCAGGUUCACCGGCCAAUAAUGCUCAGAGCUGGGGUGCCGAAGAUAGCAACACUACUGUCGUGCCUACACCGUUGAAACCUACACCGACAAUACCUGGACUCGGCUUCUUGAAUGGGGACAAUGCAACUGUGGCGCCCCAAGGGAAUGGGUCUGCGGAUCGUGGAGGUAUCGUCAAAUCGGCAAGUUCUGGGUUUAAGCCCGCUGAAACUUCGCGCGAAUGUAAUCAACGAAUUACACCACCGGAUGAUGUAAAAAUGGGAGAUACAAGCUCUGUUGUGCAGAAACAUGAAGGAGAAGUACAAGAUCAGAAUCAUACUUUUUCGGAAGAAUCCAAGCCCAAUGCCAUCACUGCCAUUUCGACGACAGAUAGUGAGCCAAUAUCACCAACGCAGAACGGAGUAUCCGGAGGACUAUCUGGAGGUGCUCCAAGAAACACAGGAGGUGCGGAAAUUGGCCCCGACAAUAGCGAAAAUCCCGAGUGGGAGAUGGACUCUUCACCUUAUGAAUCUUCUUCCUCAUCCUCGUCUUCUGAUGGUAGCGAUGAUGAAGACAGCGAGGAGUAUGACUUACUAGACCCAGAGGAACAAGCCCGGAUACUGAUGGCGACAGAGGGCGCUUCGGACGAUGAAGUAGAUGGAAAACAUAAAGGAGGACAAGUUAGGACAGCAAAUGAGAAGCCGGAAGAAAUCGUACCUAAACCUGACAUUACCGUCACUCCCGAUAUGAAGGUAGAAGUCCUUGGAAACGUGGAAACAAUUGUGGAAAAUGUGGUCCUGAUCAAGGCAAAUAUCUCUGGAGAAUAUCAAGUGCUGGAGAGCGGUUCGGUCCUUUGCCUUGCUGAUCUAAGUGUCAUUGGUGUAGUAUCCGAAACCUUAGGAAGAGUGGAGCAGCCAUUAUACACAGUUCGAUUCCCAAAUGAGGAAUCGAUAAAGGCGGCAAAUCUGGAGCGCGGUACGCCUGUUUUUUACGUUAUGGAUCAUUCCACAUUCGUGUUUACACAGCCUUUAAAGGGACUUAAGGGUAGUGAUGCUUCUAAUUUCCAUGAUGAAGAGGUUGGAGAUGAGGAAAUCGAGUUUUCAGAUGAUGAGGCGGAAGCUGAGUACAAGCGACUCCUGAAGCAAAAGCGUCAACAGAAGAAGGAUGGGCGACGUGAUGCAAAUGGACAUGGAAAGCUGAGAAGAGAUCUCCCCGGUCUAUCGAAACUUAGAAACUCGGAGUUAAACUACGACGAUGUUGGUGCAGAAGAAGGCUAUACCCCUUUGUCUCGGCCGAACAAUUACCACAAAAUGAUAGGUUAUGGUGAAGGACCUCUAGAGGAGUCUCAACCACGUAAGCAAUUUGCGGAGAGGGCCUCCCGGGGAGGCGGAGGCAGAGGGGUUGAUCGUGGAGGGCGAGGACGCGGGAGAGGCGGCGGCCACCAGAAGCACAGAGAUGAUCGCCUUCAACAACAGUCGCGGCCACAACCGCAGUCAGAGAAACAACUGCAACAAGAACCCUCGCAAAGUAACUACCCUCCGCAAUCUGCCGAGUUCCAUCCUCCACAAACUUCACAUCAAUCGCAGAAUCCCUACCAGCAGCAAUCUCCCUACAAUCUACCCUUCUACCCCCCUUAUCAAUACCAACAACCAAACCAUACUCCUCAGAUGUACAACACCAACCAAGCAUUUUUCCCUUUCCACUCUCCGCCAGCUCAGCAAUCGCUUUCAUUCCAGUCUUCCCAACAAGCCCAAACCUCAUCCCUUCCACCACCAGGUUCCCAUAUAAACCCGGCCUUCUUCCCCAAUUUCCAGCAGCAGCAGCAAAAUCAACCACCAACCCAACAAGGUGCAUACUCAACUCAAGCAUCCUCAAAUCAAUCCUCAGCUGACACCUUUGCUGCCGCACAGGCUCAGUUGGAUCUGUUAAGGAGGUUGAGAACGGGUGGCUCUUGA